AUGCGAUCCCGCAGCAACAGCCUGGAGGACGUAACCAAGGCCAAGGCGGCGCAGCAGCAGGUGGACACUCGCAAGCGAUCUGCAGAGCGAGAGGAGCCGUCGGGAAGGGCCCAGCGCCGCAGCCGACACCAGGAGCCGCCGGACGACACCGGCACCAUUCAGCGGAAUCACAAGACGGCCAAGAACGGCACCUCUGCUGGUGGGAGUGGGAGUGGGAGUGGGAGUAGCAGCGCCAGCGGUGCUACAAAGGGAGGUCGCAGGGAGAAGACCAGGGACCUUUCCCGAGAUGACCUCGUCUUUCUACUGAGCUUGCUGGAGGGAGAGCUGCAGGCCAGAGACGAGGUGAUCACAGUGCUGAGGGCAGAGAAAAUGGACAUGGCCCUGCUGGAGGCCAAAUAUGGCUUCGUCACACCGCAGACAGUCCUGCAGUCCCUGCAGAGAGACGCCAUUCAGGGCAAGGCUGACGUCUUCCAGGAGGACAUCUAUGAGAAGCCCAUGGUAGAGCUGGACAAGUUAGUGGAGAAGCAGAGGGAGACGCACCGGCGGAUGCUGGAGCAGCUGCUGAUGGUGGAGCAGUCGCACAAACAGGCCCUGUACAAGCUGGAGGACGAGAAGAGGAACCACGGAGAGUUCAUGAAGAAGAGCGACGAGUUCACCAACCUGCUGGAGCAAGAGCGCGAGAGGUUGAAGCUGUUAAUUGAUCAGGAUAAGGUCUACCGAGAGAGAAAGGACGACGAGAACGAUAAAAAGGUCACCAGUCUGAAGGAGGAGCUGACAAAACUCAAGUCAUUUGCGUUAAUGGUCGUGGAUGAACAGCAGCGUCUCACUGAGCAGCUGAAUCAACAAACAGCAAAGGUCCAAGAACUGAGUGCCAGUGCUUCGCAAGCCCAGGAGGAGCUGAGCUCAGCUAAUGCCCGUCUGCAGGAAGAGGAGCAAAAGGUCUUUCGCUUGGAGGCUGGGCUGUGUGACCAAGGCGGUCGAUACCAUCAGGAACAAGAGGCCAUGACUGCCAAACUGACUAGCGAGGAUGCCCAAAACAGGCAGCUGCGCCUGAAGCUGUCAACUCUCAGCAGGCAGCUUGAUGAGCUGGAGGAGACCAACAAGACCCUACGCAGAGCUGAGGAGGAACUGCAGGAGCUGAGGGACAAAAUCAGCCGUGGUGAGUGUGGAAACUCCAGCCUCAUGUCUGAGCUCGAAGAGUUACGGAAAAGGGUAUUUGAAAUGGAGGGGAAGGACGAAGAGUUGAUCAGAAUGGAGGACCACUGCAGGGACCUCAACAAGAAACUGGAGAAAGAGGCCAAUCAGAGCCGGAGCUUGAAGGGUGAAGUCGAUAAACUGAACCACAGGAUCAUGGACUUAGAGAAAUUAGAGGAUGCGUUCAGCAAGAGCAAACAAGAAUGCAACUCGCUCAAAAGUAACCUGGAGAAGGAGAGGACGGUGUCAAAGGUUCUGACCAGUGAGCUGGAAGUCUUGAAAGUCAGGGUCAAAGAACUGGAGGCUGCCGAAAGCCAGCUGGGAAAGACAGAGCUGACACUGAAGGAAGAUCUAACCAAGUUAAAGACCCUGACAGUCAUGCUGGUGGAUGAGAGGAAGGCAAUGGCGGAGAAGCUGAAGCAAAUGGAGAACAAGGUCCAGAACAGCACUGGCAAACUUCAGGCUGAACAGGACAAAGUUACGUCCGUCACAGAGAAGCUGAUUGAGGAGAGCAAGAAAGUGCUGAGGUCAAAGGCCGAGCUGGAGGAGAAAAUGUGCGGCGCUACGAAGGAAAGGGAUGACUUGAAGGCUAAGUUGAGUGCUGAAGAGGAAAAGAGCAACGAUUUGAAGUCUAAGAUCAAUAUGAUGAAGAAAAGGUUGCAGUCGCUUGAGAACAUAGAAAGAGAAUACGUGAGAAGCAAAGCUAAAGAGGAGCACAUCAAAACACCUGUUGCAAACUGCUUCCAACAAGAAGACAACAAAGUAAAGGAUUUGACGCAGGAGGUGGAACGCCUCAGGCGCAAAUUAAAGGACAUGAAGGUGGUCGAAGGUGACCUCUUAAAAACAGAGGAGUUGGAAUCACUGGAGAAAAGAUUCACCAAUGAACAAGAGAAAGGUAAAGCCUUGAUGGAGGAGCUGGAAAUAUCCAGAAAUGAACUUUCAAAGUACCAACUGGCUGAAAAGAAAGAGUGCAACCAGGAGCAUGUUCUUUAUAAACGCUUGAAGGAGGAGGAGGCAAAGUCUAGUCAUUUGACCAGAGAGGUGGCAGCUUUGAAAGAGAAGAUCCAUGAAUUCAUGGGAACAGAGGAGUCCAUUUGCCGCAUGAAAACUGACCACUCCUCGCUCCAACGGAAACUGACCCAGCAGGAGGUCAGAAACAAAGAACUAGCCAGAGAAAUGGAGACGCUCACGAGAGAGCUUGAGAGGUACAGACGCUUUAGCAAAAGUCUUCGCCCCGGCAUGAAUGGAAGGCGCUUUUCAGACCUCCAUGUUUCCACCAAGGAAGUUCAGACAGAGCCACUUGAUCUCAUGUCUCCCAACUGUAUGGCGACGAUGGCCCCGCUGGAACGCGCCGUGGUGAACGGGAAGCUGUACGACGAGAGCGAACCUGAGGAUAACGCGAACUACAGCAACGAGAUUCAGCUCACCAAAUGCAGCCCCUCGCUUAUCAAUAAUGUAAAUAAUCUGAACAACUUGAGGAGAGCGCGAGUCCCGUUCCUUAAGAACAAAGACGCCCCCCAUCAGGCGAAUGGUAAAGUGCAACCACGGCAGAACGGCAACCACGUUCAGCCUGGAGAUGUCGUGUUGACCCACAGUCCCGGGCAGCCUCUGCACAUUAAAGUGACUCCCGACCACGGACAUAACACAGCGACGCUAGAGAUCACCAGCCCAACCACAGAAAGCACCCAGUCAUUCACCAGCACUGCCGUCAUACCCACGAGCGGAGGUCCACCCAAACAGAGAAUUACCAUCAUCCAAAAUGCGUCCAUAUCCCCGACUGCUAAAUCCCUUUCCCCCAAAUCUAAAGGUUCCCCAAUCUCUGACGAACCGUGUUCCCCAGAUAGGGUGCUAUCCCCUUUCACUAUGGCUACAUACUCCCGGGCAAUGACUCCAGACUCUUGUGGCUCUGUAACACCAGACAGAGCCAUGUCGCCGAUACAAAUCGUGUCGGUCACAACGGGCACCCCUGAGCGCUCCCUCUCCACGGAGCCAGUGGAGGUUGUCGGAGGGCACGCCGUCUUCCGCGUGACCCCGGAGAGGCAAAGCAGCUGGCAGGUCCAGAGGUCCAACAGCUCUGGGCCAAAUGUCAUCACCACGGAGGACAACAAAAUCCACAUUCACUUAGGGAGCCCCUUCAUUCAGAGCAUCAGCACUCCGACGCAAACACUGAGUCCGUGCCACACACCUGGACUCCAGGAGCAAAGGACUCAGGUGCUUGCAAAUUGCAGUACUUCUACUGUCAAAGGCAACAGCAAAAUCACAAGUAGCAUCAUGAUUAAGCCCACCUCCACCCCAAUCCAAAGGCCGUCACAAAUUACAAUCCCUGUAGAAGCAUUCCGCCGACCAGGACCCACAAGGAUCCCCAAACCGAAGGGCUUCAGCUCCCAGAAAGGGACAAACGGCACGACAGCGAACCCGGGACUGCAGAGCAAGAGUCAGCCGCCACACGCUCAUCUCCAUGUAGCCGCUGGGAAAGAGCCGCCCGCACACAUCAACAACAACAACAACAACAACCCAAAUCUAGUGAACCGCAGACUGUGAUAUCAGGGAUGCUUUUAAUCUAAAAUCAUCCUUGUAGCUACUUCAGACAUUUAACAGAAAAUCUAAAAAUCCAAAGUGAGAAAGUGAUUGCAAAAUAACUAUAAAUAAUAAUAAUUGUAAAUUUCAAACAGUCAAUGUAGCAUUCUAUUCUUUUUUUUUGAAUCUUUAAAGAAACUAACUGUACCCUAACCCUCAUCUGUGGUGCUCUGAAGACUGCAAAAUACAACAGAUGUUUGUGUCAAUAUGUUCAAUGUGUACACACUGUAUUUGCUGUAAAUAAACCAACAGAACAUUUUAGAAAGUAGCUCCGACAUCACAGAUUUGAGUGAAGAUGUCCCUGUGAUCAAAUUAAAUUAGUGUAAUACUAGAACGUUAAGUAUGUUACGUGUUAUGUCGAAUGAAAAUAAAUGUUUCUUCGUUGUAUUGAUCUUUAAGUACUUUAUCUGUUGAGACGUACUGAUAAUGACACAGCCAUUUAUCUAGGGAUGGAACACAUGGGUAUUUUUAUUUUAAAUAAGUGGCAAUAAUGUACAUAAGUGUAUAAGUGAUGUGUUGUAACGCAGCUCCUUGAUAGGAUAACAUGUAAAAUGUGACAUUUGUGUUAUUUUUGGUUAUCAAUAAAGACUUUUUAUACCGGGAACAAAAGAAAUGUCUCUGAUCCGAUUAGAAAGAAUCAUUAAUAGAGAAAAUAAACAUUAAUACAAUUUGUAAACCAACGCCAACUUAAAAAAAAAAGAAUUUGAAAUAAUAGCAUUGUGACAUUUAGCUUUAUUAACACUGACAACUUGGAACAUACGGAUGCCAAUAAAUUGGAAAUAUAAGUGGUGCAAAGAGAAACAAUAGCAGACAAAUAUGAUAUUUGAAAGGUAACAUGUGAUGCCUUUUUAAGAUAUUAUAUUAAGAGCAGACAUUUAAAGGGGGGAUGCUACUUGUGAUGCUAGGAUGGUCCAGCUAAUGUGUUUAAUAUCAAAGGAAUAAUUGCAUGAGCCGGGUCGGCUCCAGAACAAAUCAAACAGGUGGAAAUUAGUUUUCACGAGGAGAGGCCAAUGUGUGAUUACAAUGAAAGUAAAACCCACAAUAUUCUCAGUUUACAGCAAGUACUCGUAGAGUGUUUAACACAAAGCUGCUUCACACAAAAGACAAGACAGAACAAAACAGGACCGACAAACACAACACAAACCAACAACUCAUAAAAACAGUUGAAUAAAAACUACAACAGUUUAAGCUACAGCAGGUUUACGGCGCCAGACUACAGAAACAACUUAAUGAGCAACAAUAGCAGUACUGUCAACGUAUUUUGUUUUAUUUAGCUGUUUUUUUCAACAGUAUUUUCUUCAGGUAUUAUGUCUAAAAGAUGUUUUUUUACAAUCUGUAGAGGGAGUUAAACGUGUUGCGCUGACACCGAGUUGAAACUGAUUUUCAGUUAGUGAGCGACGCAUGCAGUAUCAGGAAGAUACAUGUGUAGAAAUUUAUAGUAACCAAGAUACCGGUUAACAUAUACUGUAAUGUACAAUGGCGUAUUAGGGCCAUUGUAGGUAAAAAAAGAAAAUAAUAAUUAGAAAACCGAGGGGGGGGAGGGGGGGGGGGGGUAAGAUUAA